AUGUUCCCCACGACAUUAAAUUGGCACGUGAUAUUCGAUCUGGUUUACGUCCAACCAGAUAAAAGACCGAUUGCUGAAGAGAUAAAUAAUACAAUACAUUCAUGGAAACUUUUUUUAAAUGAUAAAUCAACUGAAUUCUUCGCACAAAUAAAGAAUGCUGAUGAAAUGCAAGAAAAAUUUUUGACAUCUGACAUAUCGGCACCAUCUCAUUUCAAUGUUGAUCACGCUAGUAAACAAUUUGAUUUUUUGCCUCUUAAAAAUACCACGAGUGAUAAUGGUUAG